GAGCACAAACUACAUUGAGAACAUUCGUGACCAAUUAACAUUUUUAUCAUCUAAAACGUUAUCACGUCACGUCUCUGAGCCAGUUAAAUCCCGCCUUCAUCCAAUAUAAAUAGACCAGUGUUUUAUGCCCAACAAAAUAGCAUCUGAGAGAACAUUGAAUGAGCAAGAUAGUAAACAUACGGAUAUCAGUAAACUCGGGCAACAAUGAAUGGAACUCAUGAUCAGCCAGCGAGCUGCUUCAGCGAUCUUGCAGCAGGGAGAAUUGGAAAAACCUUCGCUUACUGCCUGAUAUUCAUUGUUUCGUUGGUUGGGAAUACUUUAAUCGGAAUAAUCGUCUACAAGACAAAAACAAUGAGAACAAGCACCAACUUUCUGCUAGUAAACAUGGCCAUGUCCGAUCUGCUGUUACCGAUUUUCCUGUUCCCGAAGGUUGUAGCAGAAUUGUAUGUCGACUCCUGGCUGAUAAGCGGACCUCUUGGUCAGGUCUUGUGUAAGCUGCAUAUCUUCGUUUCUGAUGUCUCCGCAACGGUUUCUACUCAGAGCCUAAUGCUGAUAGCGGUAGAUCGAUUUGGAGCUGUGGUAUUUCCCCUCCGUUCUCCGCUCAUCAACCCUAAACUUUGCCUCUUCUUCAUUCCCGUCACUUGGAUCAUCGCGAUGGCUAUCCAGUCCCCACAUCUCUUCGCCUUCAGACUUGUUGGAUACCCUGGGAAGCUAGUUUGUGCACGGGUUUGGAGUGGAGCCUUUGGAGAGUCCUCGUCCCUUGCAAAUUACGCUUUGGCAAUAUUUGUUGUAUUCCUUUAUACCCCUUUGGUUCUAAUGACUAUACUUUACUUCAUUAUUGUUUUGAAGCUUAAGUCACAGCCGACUCCAGGCGAGCAUUCGAUCAACGCUGCACAGCAACGAGAGAAAAGGGAAAGAAACCUGUUAAAAAUGGUCGUUGCUAUUGUAUUAAGUUUUGCAUUAUGUUGGGUGCCAUUUACUAUUUUUAUCUUAGUAGCAAAAGUGUCCUGUAGCACCAUACAUUAUUUUUUUAUUGUGCUGAUCGCCGCGCGCGCAAAUUGUGCUAUUAACCCUUGCAUCUGUUUAAUUUUUAGUCGAAAUUACCGCCAAGGUCUUAAGAGCCUGUUCAGUUGUUUUUCGUCCCUGCAAACAAGUAAUGAAGUAGCACCAGUUGGUUCGUAAAGUAAUCUACCAAUAUAUAGUCUAAGAUUACUCUUAGGAAUUAUUUUAAGUAGGCUUAUGAUAUCGAUGCUCUAUUCGUAAGAAACAAGCAGCAUAUAAUCCAGCUGACCAAGUUAGGGGCAAGUGAUGUCGUAGGGAAUAGCCACAAUCUAAAAGCUAUCAGAUAAAAUGUCUUUAUUGGACUCUAUUUGUAUUGUAUUGCAUGGUUGGAAUAUCAGAUCGUGAAAAAAUGUUAUAUGGCAAGAAAAACAAGGCUUCUGGUCCGUCUUAUCAAACAAAGUUUCCUUCUUAAUUUGAUGAUUCUGAAUUCUAAUUCUGCGUCACCCAAUGCGGUCAGAAAACGACUGCAAGAUGAGUGUAUGUAAAAGUUAAAAAAAUUGAAUAACAAAAGAUUAAAACAUGGAACUGAAAAUUUGUAAAAAUUAGAAUUGGUAACAAAUUUACAUUAAAAAAGCAGCCGAGAAAGACAAUUAAGUGAAAGUUUCCAAGAUAAUUAUCGUUCAUCUGCAAAGCAAACAUUAGAAACAGAAUAUUGUCAUGUGUAUUCACUCAAAUUUAAGGUACUUACUUAUUAUAAUUUAUUCAUUGGAAAAAUUCUAGGGAACGGUUUUUAACCUUACUUUCAUGUUUCAGUUGU